AUGGAUUCUUUUAUGCUUCAGGAUGAAGGCGUGCGUGAUCGCAUUCGCCAAGCAGAGGAGUUUCUUGAUCCCAAUGAUCCCCAGGUUCGAAGUUACCGAUCAGACAUUAUUCUUAUGCUCCAGAAGAACCAGCGCCGCCUAACAGUCAAUCUCGACCAUGUUCGCAACCACAACCAAGACCUUGCACAGGGUCUGCUGCUGCAACCCUUCGACUUUACUCUGGCAUUUGAUCAGGCACUGAAAAACAUCGUCCAAACGAUUCCACAAGCGAGACCGGAUCAGACUGCAAAAGACACCAUCUAUUACUGUGCGUGGGCAGGCAGCUUUGGUUUGAAUGCUUGCAACCCGCGUACAUUGUCUUCCCAUCUUCUGAACUACAUGGUCUCCAUCGAGGGAAUCGUUACACGCACUUCCCUGAUCCGACCCAAGGUAGUGAAGAGUGUGCACUAUAACGAAAAGAAAGACAUGUUCCAUUUUCGCGAGUAUCAAGAUCAAACAAUGACAAACGGAGUCACCACCUCGAGUGUGUAUCCUCGCGAAGACGACGACGGCAACCCCCUUGUCACCGAGUACGGUUUUUGUACGUACCGCGAUCAUCAGACAAUCUCAAUCCAGGAAAUGCCGGAGCGCGCACCUGCAGGUCAACUUCCUCGUGGAGUAGACGCUAUUCUUGACGACGACCUCGUGGACAGCGUGAAGCCUGGUGACCGUGUUCAACUCGUGGGAAUUUACCGAACUCUGGGUAACCGAAAUACCAACCACAACAGUGCCUUGUUUAAAACAAUGAUCUUGACCAACAACGUUGUCUUGUUGUCAUCAAAGUCUGGUGGUGGUGUUGCGACCGCCACUAUCACAGAUACCGAUAUCCGCAAUAUCAACAAGGUUUCCAAGAAGAAGAACCUGCUUGAGUUGCUCUCGCAGUCUCUUGCACCUAGUAUCUACGGUCAUGAUUAUGUUAAGAAAGCCAUUUUACUCAUGCUUUUGGGAGGUAUCGAGAAGAACCUCGAGAAUGGAACACAUCUACGUGGAGACAUCAACAUUUUAAUGGUUGGUGAUCCAUCUACUGCCAAAUCUCAGCUAUUACGCUUCGUUCUGAACACAGCACCGCUCGCAAUUGCAACAACAGGUCGUGGUUCUUCAGGUGUAGGUCUGACCGCGGCUGUUACUUCAGAUAAGGAGACUGGUGAGCGUCGACUUGAAGCUGGUGCAAUGGUUAUGGCAGAUCGUGGUGUUGUAUGUAUUGACGAAUUUGACAAGAUGUCUGACGUGGACAGAGUUGCAAUCCACGAAGUCAUGGAACAGCAGACUGUCACCAUCGCAAAGGCAGGAAUUCAUACAUCUUUGAACGCCCGCUGCAGCGUUGUUGCUGCUGCUAACCCCAUCUUUGGUCAAUACGACCCGCACAAAGAUCCUCACAAGAAUAUCGCACUUCCCGACUCUCUCUUGUCGCGUUUCGAUUUGCUUUUUGUUGUUACAGAUGACAUUGAAGAUACACGCGAUCGACACGUCUCGGAGCAUGUCCUUCGUAUGCAUAGAUAUCGCCAGCCAGGAACGGAAGAGGGUGCCCCUGUCCGAGAGCAAGGAAAUCAAUCGCUCGGCGUAUCGGCUUCGAACCAAAAUGAAUCGCAGGGACCUACCGAUGUGUACCAGAAGUAUGAUGCCAUGCUUCAUUCCGGUGUCACCAUUACAACUGGUCGAGGUUCGAACAAGAAACCUGAGAUUCUGAGCAUUCCUUUCAUGAAGAAGUACAUUCAAUAUGCCAAGACAAGAAUCAAGCCAGUUCUCACACAGGAGGCUUCGGAUCGUAUUACUGAUAUCUAUGUUGGCUUGCGAAACGACGAGAUGGAAGGCAAUCAGCGAAGAACAAGUCCCUUGACCGUGCGUACUCUUGAGACUAUCAUCCGUCUGGCCACUGCACACGCCAAAUCUCGUUUGUCGAGCAGAGUCGAGGAGCGCGAUGCAAUCGCUGCAGAGGGGAUCCUCAGAUUCGCCCUGUUCAAGGAAGUGGUGGAAGAAUCCCGGAAGAAGCGGAGAAAGACUCAGACAGUUGACUUUGCGUCGUCUAGCGACGAGGAUCCAAGCGAUGAUGAGGAUGGAGACGAAGCCAAUGGCACACAAACCAACAGGUCCGCCUCCAGAGGGACUCGCAACAGCAGCCGACUUCAAGCAAGAGGGACUACCGAUACAGCUCGGUCCAGCAGAGAACCUGAGGAUCUGGAAGACGAUUCUCAAGCCACGCCGCGUCGCUCAAGCAGAAGGGCGCAAGAGUCAUCCCAACCCUCCUUCGCAUCAUCGAUGCCUUCUUCACAACUUCCUUCCCAGAGCCAACUGGACUCCCAAGAAGGGGACAACGAUCUCGCCGCUGGAACAGCAGCACUUGCCAUUGAUGACACUCCCAUUUCACCUGAGCGUCUCACUACAUUCCGAACGGCCCUAGGACAGCUUCUCAACACCGAUCUCUUCGAAGAUGACUCAGCCGAGGUAGAUGCAGUUAUGGAAGCCGUCAACAGCAAGGUUGGAAGACGCAGCGCUUUCGACAAGGCAGAGGCAUUAAAGGCACUGCAAAAAAUGGGAGAAGCAAACCAAAUCAUGUUGCAAGACGAACAUCUUGUUUACAAGAUUUAG